UCUCAUUCCAUAAUUAAUCAUUUGAUUCUAAUUUUUCAACGAGUAGGAUUUGUAUUCCUUUAAAAAGUCUCACGUCUCGAGGACACCAUUAUCACAACUUUCUCUUUCUAGAAAUGGAGGAAGGAGAAGGCGGAGAGGAGUACCUUUUCAAGAUAGUCGUGAUUGGUGAUUCCGCUGUCGGAAAAUCAAACCUGCUGUCGCGUUUCGCUAGAGACGAGUUUGAUUUGCACUCAAAGGCAACCAUUGGCGUCGAGUUUCAAACUCAGGUCGUAGAUAUCGACGGCAAGGAGGUUAAAGCUCAAGUAUGGGACACCGCCGGUCAAGAGCGCUUCCGUGCCGUCACCUCCGCCUAUUACCGCGGCGCCGUCGGUGCACUCAUUGUUUAUGACAUUAGUCGCCGUACUACUUUUGAAAGUAUUAAACGGUGGCUCGGUGAACUCAACACUCACUGUGAUACAUCAAUGGCAACGAUGCUGGUAGGGAACAAGAGCGAUUUGGAGAAUAUCAGGGACGUGAGCAUCGAAGAAGGCAAAAAUCUUGCAGAAGAGGAAGGGCUUUUCUUCAUAGAGACAUCUGCACUCGAUUCCACUAAUGUUACAACAGCUUUUGAGAUCGUGAUUCGUGCCAUUUAUGAUAAUGUUAGAAGAAAGGUCCUUAACUCCGAUUCCUACAAAUCUGAAGUGUCUCUCAAUCGUGUAAGCCUAGUUAAAGAUGCUAACACAAAGCAAAGCUAUUGUUGUUCCAAAUGAUCUUUUCUCGUAUCAUCCAUCUCAGUACUACUCUUGUCCAAACAUGAUUGUGGGAAGAUUUUCGAGUUUUUGUUGGUAGUUACUUUUGGAAUUUUAUGUUUUGAGUUUAAUUAGUGGGAGUCCAAUCUUUCAUUAAGUGCAAUAUCAAUUGUGUAACUUUUACAGAUGAUAAAAUGAGUCAACUAUGUUACAUAAAUUCGAAGACUUAAUGGGCGCGCAUUCAUAUUAUCCAUGAUAAGAAAUUGGUUGAAAUAAGUAUAUUCAAUGCCAAUGGCACAUACCACGUGGAGAGUGAAAGGACAUACAUACAUAGGGGGGCUAUACCUUUGCAUUUGUUUUGAACCAUCAACCUUCAAUGGAGUGGUACAAAAGUAACAUAACUCCCUUUAUUGGAGUUAUAACUUUUGUCGGUUGAAUAAAAAAAACUUGUUAUUAUAUAAUUAAGAUCAUUACGAAGUUCGUGUUAUUAUAUAUUAGUUAUUGUAAAAUGUUAUUGUAUUACUCAGCUUUAGAUAUUUAC